UCUGAGUGAGUGAACUGUACUUCAUGACAUCAUUCUACUUUGGAUUUCAGAUUGCUGUUUGUUCUGUAGUAACCAGCUUCCCUUGCAUUGGUGCCUUCUACACCUGAAAAUGCCAGGUGCUUUAACCACAUGCAAUUUCAGACUUUCUUCUUCAUAUCUGGGUUUCCUAUUAACCUGCUUACAGUACUCAGAUGUGUGUCAUAGCAGUCUGUAGAGACAACUCUCUGUACUCAUAACUUUACUGCAGUUCAGUGGCUGAUUUCUGUCCCCAUGUAUGGGUAUGGGUUUCACAGAAUUACUGAUCUUUGGAGAGUACUAGUUGGCUCUUUAGAAUCUUGUUUAUGUUGUGUGCUUGCACCUUGAGCAACGAGGGUAUUUUGUUAGGCUUUCUGAAAUGGCUGCUCUUGUUUUCUAUUGAGGGGACAGUUACUGCAUGGACAAAAUCAUUCCUUUAGGUUGUUGACUGGGUGAAUGUGGAGUAACAGCGCUAGUUGUAUACUGUGAGAGCUUUCUGUGGUGUAGCUUUCUGUUAAGACAAUCGCAUGAAACUAACUGUCAGCUGUUGAGGGGGAAAUACAAAAAUCAUGUGUACACUGUUAAUCUGUCUUUUAGGUAUGCUGUACAAUAUUGCCUGCACGAUACUGUUGUCCACUUGCAACCCUCUCUUAGUAAGAGCUAGUAAGAAAAUAAUUAGUGAAGUCCCCAGAAAAGAAAAAAACAAGUGUAUUUCAGAAAGUGAAAAUCAGAGGAAGUAGCUGCUGACAUAGGAAAACUGUACUAAAGGACAUUUCUGGAGGAAAACUUCUAAGAUGUGGUGAAGAGCCUGUAUUUUCCCCUGUCUGGUAUAUAGUGCCUUAAAAAAUGGGGUUUGGAGGUGACCUGAAGUAUUCUCACGAUGCUUUAUUAAAACUGCAAGACUGGGAACUACGACUGCUGGAAACAGUGAAGAAAUUUAUGGUAAUGAGAGUAAAAAGUGAUAAGGAAUACGCAUCCACUUUACAGAAUCUUUGUAACCAAGUAGAUAAAGAGAGCGCGUGUCAAUUGGAUUAUAUCAGCAAUGUGUCCAAGUCUUGGUUGCUCGUGGUACAGCAAACAGAACAGCUGAGUAAAAUAAUGAAGACACAUGCAGAGGAUCUUAAUUCUGGGCCCUUGCACAGGCUUACAAUGAUGAUCAAAGAUAAGCAGCAAGUUAAGAAGAGCUUCAUAGGUGUUCAUCAGCAAAUUGAAGCAGAGAUGUACAAGGUCACAAAGACAGAACUAGAGAAACUAAAAUCUAGCUAUAGGCAACUAAUAAAAGAAGUAAAUUCUGCCAAAGAAAAGUAUAAAGAAGCUGUGGCUAAAGGAAAGGAGACAGAGAAAGCCAAAGAUCGGUGUGAAAAAGCCACUAUGAAACUUCAUAUGUUGCAUAACCAGUAUGUGUUGGCACUGAAAGGAGCACAAUUACAUCAGCACCAAUAUUAUGAUACUACGCUUCCUCUGUUACUUGAUUCACUACAGAAGAUGCAAGAAGAAAUGAUUAAAGCCCUAAAAGGGAUCUUGGAUGAGUAUAGCGAGAUCACCAGUCUUGUAACAGAAGAGAUUGUGAAUGUCCAUAAAGAGAUCCAGACCUCGGUGGAACAGAUAGACCCUAACUCUGAGUAUAAUGACUUCAUAGAUACUCACAGGUCAUCAGAAGUCAUUGAACAAGAAAUAGAGUUUGAUACAUCUUUACUAGAAGAAAAUGAAAACCUUCAAGCUAAUGAGAUCAUGUGGAAUAAUUUAACAGCAGAAAGUUUGCAAGUCAUGUUAAAAACAGUAAUAGAAGAACUGAUGCAGACACAGCAAACCCUUUUGAGCAAAGAGGAACUGGUGUUGGAACUAGAGAAAAAAAUAGAAGAGUCCUCUAAGACAUGUGAAAAGAAAUCUGAUAUUGUGCUCUUGCUGAGCCAAAAGCAAGCGCUUGAAGAACUUAAGCAAACAGUCCAACAAUUAAGAUGCUCUGAGGCAAAAUUUGCAGCCCAGAAAGAACUACUGGAACAAAAGGUUCAAGAGAAUGAUGGGAAAGAACCACCACCUGUAGUAAAUUAUGAAGAAGAUGCCAGAUCAGUGACCUCUAUGGACAAGAAGGAUAAAGUCUCAAGAUUUGACACUAUACGUCAUUCCAUAGCUGGAAUUAUAAGGUCUCCAAAAUCCAUGUUGGGCUCAUCAUCAUUCUUUGAUGUAAUCUCAACCACUGAGAAACCGUUGUCUGAGCAAGAUUGGUAUCAUGGUGCAAUUCCAAGAAUAGAAGCCCAGGAGCUGUUAAAACAGCAAGGAGACUUCUUGGUGCGAGAGAGCCACGGGAAACCUGGUGAAUAUGUCCUUUCUGUGUUUUCAGAUGGACAACGGAGACACUUUAUCAUACAAUAUGCUGAUAAUCAGUAUCGUUUUGAAGGAACUGGGUUUCCAACCAUUCCUCAGCUCAUAGAACAUCAUUACACAACAAAGCAAGUUAUUACAAAGAAGUCAGGUGUUGUUCUGCUUAAUCCUGUUGUUAAGGAUAAGAAAUGGGUUCUCAAUCAUGAAGAUGUCACACUGGGGGAAUUACUGGGCAAAGGUAAUUUUGGUGAGGUGUAUAAAGGAACAUUAAAGGAUAAAACUCCAGUUGCUGUAAAAACUUGUAAAGAAGAUCUUCCUCAGGAACUGAAAAUAAAAUUUCUGUCAGAAGCCAGAAUACUCAAACAAUAUGAUCAUCCUAAUAUUGUAAAACUUAUAGGAGUUUGCACUCAACGACAGCCUAUUUAUAUCGUUAUGGAACUUGUUCCAGGAGGUGAUUUCCUGUCAUUCCUAAGAAAAAAGAAGGAUGAGCUGAAAACCAAACAGUUGGUGAAAUUUUCAUUAGAUGCUGCCUCUGGUAUGGCGUAUCUUGAAUCUAAAAAUUGUAUACAUAGAGACCUGGCUGCAAGGAACUGCUUGGUAGGUGAAAGCAACAUUUUGAAAAUAAGCGAUUUUGGGAUGUCCCGGCAAGAGGACGAUGGCGUGUACUCAUCAUCAGGCCUAAAGCAGAUUCCUAUCAAGUGGACUGCUCCAGAAGCUCUGAACUAUGGGAGAUACACAUCUGAGAGUGAUGUAUGGAGCUUUGGAAUCCUUUUGUGGGAGACCUUUAGUUUAGGAGUAUGCCCAUACCCUGGAAUGACCAACCAACAAGCACGAGAGCAAGUUGAGAAAGGCUACCGAAUGUCUGCACCACAAAAAUGUCCGGAAGAAAUACAUAAAAUAAUGCAGAGAUGCUGGGACUACAAACCAGAAAACCGGCCAAAAUUCAGUGAGAUUCAGAAAGAGCUGUCUUCAAUCAAAAAGAAAGUGACAUAGUGAUGAAGAAGUGCCAAACUCAAUGUCUGGGACUUUAUUUUCCAGUGAAGUAAUUUUUUCCCUCAAACACUAUGCAUUUAUACAGCAUUAUUUGCAAUAUUCUUCUAGGAUUACUUUGAAAUUAAGUGGUGUACCAUCUUGAAUGGUGUCUACACCUGCAUUAAAGAUAUAUACUGCGAAAUGCUAUAUAUCCAUUCACAGUAGUACUGUAAUUUAGGUUACAUGUACAUAGGAAAGCACAUACUAUAAAUUUAAGGGACAGUGGCUUCUAUCUGUUUUACAGCAAAUAACUGCUAGUGAACAUUUUUCAGAGGUAUUCUACUUUAAGCUGUGCUCUCACUCUGCUAUCCCUGUCCUGUAUGUCAACAUAUUAAUUUAAUGUGGGGAUUGUCAUACAUGUUGACCUUAAAACUGAAGACUGUUUUAACAAGUAUUUCAACUAGAAGUUUGGGGUUUUUUUUAAUUCUUUCUGCAACUGAUAUAUUUAGGUGAUACUUUGUUUUAAACAUGAAAGUCAGUCAGAUUCUGGAUGCAAACAUGCUUACUGAAUGGAAAAAUCCAGAUUUUUUUUUUGUAGCUGAAUUAUUUGUGCAUUUAUUGAAAUACUUCUGAUUUUUUAUGUGAUCUACUUAAAUCAUGCCCUUUUUUUAUGCCUGCAGAAUUCAGUAAUAAUUUAUUUUACAGUGACCUAUGUUUAUUAGAAAAAAAGACCAAUAUAAAGUCUUGACUGCACAUGCUGAGAAAUACUGCAAACUAUCUGCCUUCCAAAGAAUACCUAAAAGUAGUAGGCCAAGAAAAAAAGGUUUAUUAAUGAUUGCCGCAGAUAACAAAUAUCAUUGAUCUUAGAGGAGCUAAAGGAUGUAUUGCUAUAUUUGCUUUUGAUCCUGUUUUUUUCCUGAAUUGGUAAAAAUUCUCAGAAUGCAGCUGGAGCAUGCAAAAGUUUAUUCUGAACAAAAGAACAUUCCAUGCAUAGUGUCCAAAGGAAAAUGCUACUUCUGUGUGGCAUGAGGAAGUUGUUCAAACAACCAAAAGGAAAGAAGUGUGUUUAAAGCCUCUGACAGGGAACAGCAGAGUAGAAAUACUAACCUAUUUUUCUUAGAUAAUUGCAAUCAAAUAUCAAAAGACUGGGGAUAAACAAGGUUUAAAUGUACCAAGAAUAUAAACCUUGUGUUUGUAUAUAUAUACAUAUAAAUAUAUAUUAAAAAAAAAAAAGCCAGAAAGAAUAAAAACUUACUAGAUAGGGGCAGGAGGAAAUGCACCAUUUGUUACUUUGACUCUGGGUCCUCUUUGCAGCUGGAAUUGUUUUCUAGGGCUCUACAUAGAAAUAGGAACAAGUUACAGUAUCCCUGUCUGAGUUCCAGCAUUAAGGUGCUUAAAAUAUUUCUAGCAAUUUACUAAAAUGUUCAGAUCAAGGGAUACCAGUUGCUGCUAAUGCAAGUAAGAAACAGGGAUUGUAAGUAACACAGCAUCUGGAAUGUUAAUUAGCCUUAUAUUUUAGUGUUACAGUGGGAUUGAGAUGUAGUUAAGUCAGUGGCUACAUUACAUUUUUAUUUCUGUUAGAGUGGCUUUUCUAUUGUCCACAACAUCUUUUGCUCUCUAAAGUAUAUUUGCCGUAGUGCUGAGUGGUGGUUUAGGGCUAUGUGUGACCAAAAUAAGUGUAGACUAGAAGAAUUUGUCUGUUACAUAGGAAUUAGUGUCCAGCUACAACAGUGAAUGGUUGUGUGGGGGCACAUCACCUGUAUUUGGGGAGGUACUGUCAAUAUCCAGGUGUAAGGAAUGGUGAGUGCUUCUUGCGUUUUGUUAAGUGAUUUUUUUCUUGGAGAUAAGGAAGCAUAUAUAUACACAUACCCAUGAAAGUGUAGUGCUUGGAAAACUUGGUGGCAUAAAUGAAAACUUCAUUAUAAGUGUACUGGAUAUAUUUACUUAGUUCUGUACUUCAAGCAGCCCAGAGAUAUUUUUCAAGAGCAAUAGGAAACAUUCUUGUUAGUUUGUAUGCUUCUAAGUAGCACACAGAGUCUGUGCCUUAAUUUGCUAGUAUGCUAAUGCAAGUGCAAGUGUACUAAGAUUUAAGGAAUGUUUCACAGUCAUUUGGGAAAAUCCAAGAUUCAUCCAACUGCGUUUCCUUAUGUAUGCAUCCCUAAAGUCUGCAAGUAAGGAUAACAGUGUCAGCAUUCAUAGCUUUUUUUGGAGAGUUAAUAUUCUUCUGUUAGAGAGGUGGACUAUUUCUUUGCCAUAUGCCCUCUUGACAGCAAAGAAAUACUGCUUUAUUCUGAUAAAAUAAAAUACUGUUUUAUUUGUCACAGAUUAACCAAGCACCAUCCAGACUCUUGCAGAAGGAUAAAAACAGUACUAACAUUUUUUUCUGAAAUAGUUAACCUCCACAAAUAUGUACCACAGUUCUAUUUAAAGUCUUUUUAAAACAGGGGAUUUCUACAGCUUUCAGAAAAUCUGUUACUGUUCCUGAUGUAGGCAUCAGUUCAGUUCAAAACUAGUAAUACUUUGGGAGAAUACCAGAAUGGCUUUAUAGGUAUAGAAUAAAUGUCAACACAGGUACAUGUCUUUUAAACUAUUUAAACUUUUCAUGUCAUUAAUUUAACAGUUUGUGGCAGAACUUGUUCAUCGUGUCUGACUUGCAAUUGCUGAAACUAUUCAACUUAGGAAGUGGAAUCCAUACCUAUAGAUACUGUAGGCUUCUCACAGGAGCAUUCACAACCAAGCCUGCCAUACCAUGAAAUUUGAAAGAAAGACAUGGCACUCAAGAAGCAAAGCUGCAAUAUCUUCUCUGCAUGGCCUUUUGAUGACUUAAUCUUGUCAGGUUAAUCCUACCAGGUUAGCCAGAUCCUGGUCAUUUGGCUGAUGUACCAUGUUUGCCAUAGAGAACUUAACAAAGAAGUUAAAAUUAAGUCUCUUUUGCAAGUAUGGAUUUCAGGUUAGGUUGUUACACUGGCACCCUGAGGGAAACCUGAAUUAUUUUACACUGUUAAACAUAGGAAACUCUAAAUACUGUUACCCUCAGCUUGUAACAUGAGAUGGAAUUCAACCGGUUAUCUCUUAAUUUCAUGUUUUUCCUAGGAAUUGCAUUCAUUAUUUUAAGAAAAUUGCUUUGACAGCAAAAAAAGCAUCCUUAGUUUGUUUUUAGUAGAAAAUAAUCACAUACUAGCUUCCAAGUCCAGUCAUCAGUGAAAUCAUAAGGUUUCCUAAGCUUCUUUAUUUUAUGGAAUGUAAAAUAGUGAAAAGUAUCUUAUCUGAAAACAAACCUUGCUUCAGCAAAAGGUGGUGUUGUAGAGUUAGCAUCCCACUAAGGCAUUAUCUUUGAAAUGUGCAUUUUCUCUAGUUUUUGUGAAAACCAGUAAAUUAGCUUCUCAUUUAUCAACUACAGUUAAAUUGCAUUUCUUCUUAACAACAAUAUGCCUUUUUGCAGAGUUGCCCAAAACUUUUUUGGAAAUUGUUAUUGAGGAGUGCAUCACCAGAAGGCCAUCAGUAAGAACUGCAGCUGGUAAAGCCCAUUCUUAGUGACAGGAAAGACAAAACAGGUUAAGGAAAUAUUAGAUUAUUCAUACUUAAGUACUUUUUCAUCCAUGUCUUUGACCACCUGUUAGGCUUACUUUAAUCCUACAAGCACAUCAUUAAAACUGACUAUGAAGUUACCCAUUUUUUACCUCUUUAUAACUAUUUUGUUACCCUUUUUGCAGCCAUUGUAAAGAUAAUAAAAAAAAGAAGAAAACCCCACAUUUUUCCAAGGUUAUGGAGUAACCAAGUCUCAGAAGCAUUUAAAAAUGUCUCCCCUCCAAUUUUCCCAGAUGUGCUGCUGCACAAAUAUUAACAGUGAUUAAAUACUGGCCCUGUUUCCAGUAUUCUUGCUGUCAUAUCCUCUAAAUGUCAGUGCUACUCACAGACUUGAGAGAGUGCAAUAUUUUAAGACCUAACCUAGUGUGUAAAUAGUGUCAUCAAACAUGGUAUUCAAAAGCAACAGUUCUGAAAAUAAUUGAUUGUCACAAACAAUAACGCAUUAUAAACAUUAAAUAAAGGGGAAGAAGCUGAAAGAGUCCACUUUCUGUAACAGCUGCCCUGUUUGUAGGCAGUAGAAAUAUUUGUUAGCCAGUGCACUUGGAUUUGUAACAUUUUUAUGGCUAAGCAUUAAGUAGUUUGCAGUUCAAGGAAGAGUUUACCAAUUAAUUUUUUUUCCCCCUAAACCACAAAAGGACUUCAGAUAUUGUUGGAAGCAUUCUUCCUAGGCAGGUCAGGGAACAAUACCCCUGCUAGCAGUGAAGUUAUGCAUUUUUUCUUCUUAGAAUGGUUUUCAUGCAGUCCUUCACUUCCAGCAAUUACUUCAAUUAGUAAUUAGAAGGUAAAGGGCAAGUCCAGUAUUCCUGAAGUUCCAAACAACCAUGAGUUUUUAAGAGAUCUGGUAAAUUUGAAAUAUCAGCUCAAUUAAAAAUGCUUUCUUCCAGUUUCCUUCUGCAGAUUUACUGAAAAACAAAACAAAAAAGCAGUCCUGUCCUUAAUCAUUAGUAACAACUUACUAGGAAAGUGAAUCAAACUGAGGAGCCUAUCAAGAUUUUUUAAGAGUCGCUCUUCCCUGGGGUAGCUUCCCAUUAUAAAUAAAGUUUAAAGGUGGAAAGCUCCAAGUUGAAAUGGAAGAAUCCUUUCAGUUGCCACAUUAUGAACAGUCAAGUAUUGCUACCAUUUCUGUACUCAAAGUGGUACUGAAUUGCGAUUUCCAGCUCCUACAUGCAUUGCAGAAUUGCCUAUUAGUAUGUUAUUAAUACCCGACUUUACUUUUAGAUCAAAGAAGGGAAGAUUCUCUCAUUGAAAAGUCCAGCAAGAUCUGCCUGGUAGCUCCAACAUUUUUGUGUAUUUUCACAUUCACUUAGCAGAGUCAUUGUGUUCAUUAUAAUAAGUACCAAAUAGAAUAGGAGCUGGAAGCUUCUGACUUUAAAUUUUCACAGCUUUAACCCUAGAAUCCAACUUGAUUUUGCUUCUCUGUCAAAUAAGCAAAAGCAAUUUCUGUAUUUCAGCCUUACAACUACUCUAUAAAACAGAAAGAUGUGUUUACUGUUCUCUCCCAGGAAUGCUACCUCCACCAACAACCCUUAGUUACCAUUAUGUCCCCUUCUCUUUGAUACAAAAUUUCAACUGGAACAUAUGUCCAGGUAUAGAACUUGGAUGUUAACUCCAAGAGUUGUUUCUUUUUCAGGCAGUUGUAUAUUAUUGGCUAUAUUAUGGUUUCAGAGCACCAUUUUCUCAGGCAUCAUCUAGGCAGGAAUUAAAUUAGAAUUUUCAGAUGGUUUAGUUGGGGGGGUGGUUUGUGAGAUAAAAGACUAAUCAGGUCACUAGCUACAAGCAUUGUUGUUUUGCAGCUGUUUGAGAUUGUAGUUAUGGGAGGGUAGUUCAUUUAGAGAGCUCAGAUCCAUAUGCCUUCUCCAAAUGAAAAACUGUUAGGCAUACUUACAAAAAAUGGAUAAAUAAAACGCUCAAAUAGAGUUGACUGAGGUCAUAAAUUGAAAACAUAGAAGAGCCAUGAACUAGAUUCUUUCUUCCUCUAUCUCCCAGAAUGAAAUGCUUUGUAAAUACAACUUGAGUUAAUUGGUUUUGUGUUUAUAGAUAAAUACAUCCUCUGAACCAGUAUGAUAACCUAGGAUUCACAUUGAGCAGAGAAUGCUUGGAAAAAAUCCUGAAUUGCUACUAUUUGGAACCAUCAUCUAGUUUUAGAAAUGAAAGUGUUUGUAGAUAAGUACUUAAUUUAAGUUUUAAUACAGUAGGCAAGCCAGCCAUUGAAACUUUUCAUCAAUAUAAGGCAAUUAGGCUUUUUAAAAGAAAAAUCAGAUCAGUGAUUCCUUCUACAUUACAGAUGUUGAAAGUAUGAGCCAGAACUUUCCAUUACUAAAAAAAAGAUGCACAGUACUCUUUUCAGUCAGCUCAGUCUUUCUCAACAUAUGAAGAAUUCCAUAAUUGUUAAUGCAAGUAGCAAUGUAAAAUUCUUGGAUUACUGAUAUGUUAAUGACUUAACUCUGAGCUGUUGCCUCAAUUCUCAAAGAAUCUUUCUGCUCUCUAAAGAGGGCUGCAGUAAGCUUACACUUCCAGCUGAGCUCUGCUGUAAUAAUCUGUACUGUUGAAUCUCCCAAAUACUUCCUAAUUCUGAAGGCUCCGUGUACCACAGGUGGCGCCCUUUCACUUACCAAAAAAUGUUAUUCUGGUGACAGAAAAGUCCAAAUACACUCCUGCUUUUGUUCAACUCAGAAAUACUGUAGUGAUGUUACACCUAGGGCAAUGUGUUUGUAUGAAAAUGGAAGUAACUGCGAAUCAAGGUGAAGCACAUUGUUCAAAUCACAUUUUUAAUGAAGUUGCAUAUCCUAGCUAUAUUAUGAGUUGUCCACAUCAUAAAAUACAUCAGAGAAACCACAUUCUUGACUGCCUAGUGUACAGUGCAGAACAUCCUGCUCCACACAGGGCGAAUUAUAAAGCUAAAUACGCUCCUUGACAUUUUGCUAUCAGGCCAAAUUAGAACAGCGUCUUCAAAAUCAACAGCAGUGACUUAAUUCCACCUAAGCCUUGUUGUGAAUUUCCUUCUUCUUAACAGACCUUUUCAGAUAGUGUUAAUUCUCAUCAUUUUGCUUUCAAAAUUUUGAAUUCACUGUGUCAUGCAACAUUUACUUAUAGUGGUAAUUAUACACCCCCCCCCCCCCCAGUAUGAAGUGCUGAGACCUCCAAUUCCAGAAGGUAUGCAUUAUUGUUGUGUACAGGGAACUGAUCUUGCACUGGGUCUCAAUUGAUACGGCUUAACAUGUCUGUUUCCAUGGUUAAUUGUACCAUUACCCGUAAAUCACAAGCUAACUUGUUUUUCCACCAAGCUUCCCAUCUAAUUUUCACUAAAACGCUGAAAACGUGAUAGGGAAAACCCCAUGAUAUAGGCUCAUCACACAGGACACAAAAGGCAGGCAGACUCCUACAGAGAAAUUUUGGGGCGUGAAAGCCAACAUUAAAACACCUGCCUUGUACCUUCUGUUAAAGGACUGAAUAGUUACAUACGUGUUCAAGUGACUUUUGGGGAUGAAAUUUGGGCUGGGGUUGUAGGACUGCUGUUUUUGAAACUGCAUGUGUUGCUUUUCCUAUGUGUAACUGUUGGCAGCUGGAGACAGAGCAGGGGUGUUGGGGAAGGUGGGAAAUUCACAUCACUGACCUGCCGUCAGAAGCAAGACUUGACACCAGCUGCCUUGAGUGGGCACAGAUACCAUUUGCAGAUGUCUUUAGGUAUCUACUCAAGUCUCAAUUUUGUGCCAAAAUAUGCACCAGCGAGUCUAAUAUCAGGUAAAGCACCUUUUAUGCUCUUUGUUGUUUAAAAAUAAUAUAUUUGUGAAACAGAUCGAUAAUACAUAACACUGGAAGUGGGUGCUUCUUCCCUAAGUAUACAUGUAAAAUAAAAUAAAAAAGAAACAACAUUUGUGAGUUUAUCUGGCUUUUAAUUAAGUCUGAAAAUGAUAAGUAUGUUAUACAGUUGCCAGUUGUUGGUCCUUUAUAAUUUUAAAUAGAUCUGCAUUUUAACUUUAUUUAUUUGCCAAUUUUUAUAUACUUUAAAGUUACACUUUAGAACUCAAGCUAACUUUUUAUUUUCCUGGGCUGUUAUAUAACAGAUUUUCAGUUUUCUCGUAAACUGCAGACCUUUUUUAAACAGUCCUGUGUCUUCUCCUUUGGACCAGUUACCACUAAUGAGUCUGCAGUCCCCUUUUUACUGUACUCUUCCAAUAAAUGUAAAAUGUUUGUAUCAA